AUGCCUGCAGGUGAAACGAUUCUCCGCGUCGCCUCCCCCACAGUGCGUGCCAGCACUGAAGCGGCGCCUUUUUCCACGCUAGGCGGAGUAGAGAAUCCGUGCCCGGGAAGCCUCCGCAGCCGUAGAGCACAGGGCUUCGUAGAGAUUCGUCUUUUUAAAGGUUUUGGAGUAGUUCUUGCAAGCUUGGUGGGGGCGUUUUUGGUAUUGAAGUGCAGUCGAGCUCUUUCUGAGACUGAAACUUCUCCUGCUGCCCAAAGAGCUCUCGCAAACGAGCGACAUUGGUACUCUGUGGGAUUGUGUGGUCCUCUUGGUUCUGAAGACAGCCCAGCUGCUGAAAAGGUGGAAGGCAGCAGCGUAGGCUCAACAUCUCUACCGUUGGGUUUUGGAGAGCUGGCGUCGGGCAUUUUCGCACCGACCGCGACUACACAUAGUUUCACAGGGCAGGCAUUACAGCCUCCACCGCCUCCUGGUAUCCCAGUGCGAGCUCCCCCCAUUUCUCAGGUAGGAAACCCCUUAACUUCGGAGGAGAAAGUGCAUAUUCCUUUCACAUUUCCCUCGGAUGAGAGACCCUGGUUCAUAGCAGGACCGAUGCGUGAAACAGGUCUUAGUGGGCCGUUCUACGGUGUUCCGGUCGGCGAACCUAUUCCAGAGCCCUCCCAGUCUGGCCCAUAUCAAGGUGCUCCGAGACCACCAACGGCGCCGCUUUUAUUCGAUGAGCUAAGUGGAGUUGGUGGACAGCUCCUGAGAACGUCGCCGAUUCUCUCAGGACAGCAAAGCCUUGUUGGUCAACCAGCUCAUCAAGCGGCGAGCUUCUUUCGCCAAAGAAACACGCGAAGACAGCAGAGCACCUUGGAAGCAGCGGUCAGCUGCCUUGCAUCCCCUAAGCGGCUCCACAAAGAGCAGCUUUCACUACCAAAGAGACACACCUUGCCAGAAUCCUACGGAUUGAGGGGGCAGCGCAAGGUAGUGUUCAUAAUUCAUAGUUAG